AUGUCUAUGCCAACUUUGCCAGUGAUUGAUCUCGAUGUUUUUUUGACCCAGCCCGAACAAUCGGAUGCUGUCCUUUGGGAAUGCAAGAAGGCUGCAGAUGCUCUGAUCUCUCAUGGCGCUCUGCUUUUGCACGACUCACGGGUGUCAGAAGACGACAAUAGCACGUUUCUUGAUCUUCUCGAGGAGUACUUCGCCCAGCCCGAAUCCGCACUCAAACAAGACGAACGGCCUGAACUAGGCUAUCAAGUCGGAGUAACCCUCGAGAACACUGAGAAGCCAAAGUGCGCAGUCGACGAGCCUUGUCUCGAUGUCAUCGCACGUUUGGAUCCUGCGGAGCGGCCACUCGAUAUCACCGCUCAUAAUCCUGACCCCAAGUGCAGAUUCUUCUGGCGCAUGGGCGAGACACCACCGUACGAGACUGCAUUUCCUGGCCUCAACGCCGCAAAUGUGGUGCCGCAAGCUAAGGAGCUGCGGGAAAGGUGGAGUCCAGUCAUGGAGAAAUGGGGGCAUGCCAUGAAAACUGCGGUUGAGGACCUCGGUGAGAUGGCAGCAAUCGGUCUGGGCUUACCCCGACAGACGUUCAAAGAUGCGGGCAAAUAUGGGCCUCAUCUACUCGCGCCUACCGCGUCUGACCUUGUCAAAUAUUCUGAGAAGGACACCAUCCUCGCUGGUUUCCACACCGACCUCAACUUUCUUACAAUACACGGCCGUUCGCGCUAUCCUGGUCUUCACAUAUGGGCUCGCAACACGGGCAAGCGCAUUCCAGUCAAGUUCCCAGCGACUGGCAGAUAUCUGUUAGUGCAGGCGGGCAAACAACUUGAGCACCUGAGCGGAGGAUUGAUCAAGGCAGGCUACCACGAGGUGGUGGUCAAUGAGGCCACUUUGCAGGUCGUGGAGAAGCGCAAGACAGAGUUUCCAAGUCGACCUCUAAUCCGGAUUUCAUCCACAUUCUUCUGGCAUCUUUCGUCAGACUACGAUCUGGCUCCCAACCCGAGCCUUGCAGCACGGGCUCGAGCUCUCAGGGCGGAUACCGUCAACCUGGGGAAGAUCGAUCCAGUGGAAGACUAUGUCUACGAGCCGAUGAAGGUCGGCCAACAAGUCCAGAAUGAACUGAGGCACAUUGCAUUGCUGGCAUGA